UAGACCUUGAGUGCUUUUUAAACACAGCCACAUAAUCCUGAAUUACUACUUAUCUUGCUGUGUUAGGUUGUGAUUCCGGGAAACAGAAACUGAGAAGAAGGGAGGGGAAAGUGACUUUUAAAGGCCAGUCUGGCAACCAUCCACGACCUGGACUUUUAAGCUGGGUGUGAUGUCUGGUCUGGUGCGGGAAUUGUGACACCUUCUUUGCAUUAAACGCAGGUGAGAAUUGGCAGCUACCUACAUAAAAAGACUCCCUCCGCCAUACUGGCAAAGCACUGACAGCAAGGUUGCCAUUUGGAACCUUGGACCACAAACUACCAGACAAAGAUUUCUUUUUUAAUUUUUAAAGUCAAUAGUGGUAAAUUUUAAAAUAAUUUCAGUGUACUUUUCAACUUUUCCUCAGAGAAUGGCUCUCCUCAUCGCCUUUAUCUUUUUGUCAAGUUGGACAGCGGUGGCUGUUACACUUCCUUACAGCUCGUAUGUGAAAGGAUCCAGGGUUGAUUUUGAGUCAUCUGGCAGCGGACCAGAGGAACCUGUCCAGGGGAUAGUCAAGGUUGUGCAGCUGGACCAUCAUACCCUGACCCAGUCUGGAUUCUUCAGAAGAGGACUGACCCCCAGAAGAACCCCUUCCCACAGUACCAGACUGCCCUUCCCUGCCUUCUUGUCUCGCGGUCGUCCAGGUCAGGCUGGGGCCAACAAGGCUCCUGUAAAUCCACUACACAACCUGCGCCCUAAAAACCCCACUGAGUUGGAGCUAAAGAAGAAGCAGGGCCUGCAAAUGUGGCAGAAAAUCAUAGAUAAAGGCAGCAAGAUGUCUUUGCCAGUGAACCUGAAGGACAUGAAACAGACAUGCACUGCAGUACCUUUCACUCAGCAUGUGACAGCAGAUGGAUGCGAAACAGUGACAGUACACAACAAGCUGUGUUUCGGCCAAUGCAGCUCCCUCUUUGUCCCAUCUGAAGGAGAGUUUGCAGGACUGAGUCCUGAGACAGGAGCCUUCCACCGGCGGGCCCCCUGCUCCCGCUGUGCACCAUCAAAAGCUCAGACUGUUACUGUGCCUCUGCGCUGUGGAGCCGACGUCCGGGAGAAGCGAGUGAUGGUGGUGGAAGAGUGCAAGUGUGAGACAGGUCGUGAGGAAAAGAGCACCAUGGCUGCAGGCUCCAGGCACGUGUAACGCUGUAAAAGCUGCCACAACAAGGCUUCAUGACAUUUUGCGCUGUCUGAAUGUAAUCCUGUGUUGCAAAUCACAUAGAAAAUCAAGCAGAAGAGAAGUUUUAAUUUGAAUCAAAUCACUGCCAAAGUGAGCCACUAUUUUUCAUAAACGAUAAAGUGAUUAUUUUAAGAGCUGGAACAAAUAUUUGUAUGUGUAAUCGUAUGCGUAUCUGUAUUUUUGAGUCUGAAUGUAUUAUUCAGAAGGUAAACAUUCUGGUGGCUUCUCCCACCAUUGAUUGUUGACAAAGUGACCUGAGCUUUGGUCACGCAUUUUUC